CGAAACACUUUGAGGCGAUGUGUAUUCCAUAUACAGUGAUUUACACUGGCUGCAUGUAUUUGGCCUUGCAACAUCAGAAUCUGAUUUAUUUUUUUAAAUGUCACUUAAAUAUGGAGGAAUAUUAGUUAUUGUUAAUGUUCUGAGUUUUUUUCCCAUCAAUAUACACAGUUUCAUGUUACUUUUCGACUAGUCAGUCGACGACUUAUUUGGAAAUAUUCCAAAAUUCGGUGACCCGGAAGUACUUUUUAAAAUUUUGGUCACAAACGGUGAGUGGGUUUCCUUUGUAAUCAUUCUUUCCUCAUCGACGAAACCAUACACUCUACGUAAUACGUAACUCCCAGUCUUCUGGAAAAUGUCUAAACUACAGCUGUUUCGUUUGUUUUUAAAUGAACGUUUAACCGCGGCUGCUCUUGAAAUUUUCGGGGCAGUUGAGAGAACGGUAACGGAGUAUCAGGAAGAAAAUUGUCGACUACGAAGUAUGCUCUCUAAUCGGAUCACGGCGGAUAUUAAACUAUGUAGAAUUGAAUCCCAGCCUCUUUCUCUACCUCUCUCUGAAUUGGAUAUUCCACCUGAUGAGCAGCCAUGGAGCCCUCAUCUGACACAGGAAGACCCAGAGCCAACACAAAUCAAAGAGGAACAGGAGGAACUCCGUACCAGUGAGGAGGAAGAGCAUCUUCAAGUGCAGGAUGAUGUCAUAAUGUUCAAAUUCCCUCUCCCCUAUGUGAAAAGUGAAUGUGGUCAGGAGCACCAACUUCAGUCCACAAAUCUUCCCCAAACCCUGGAGAACAGGGAGAGUGACUUCAAACCAUUUGAUCUGACCAACUUAAACAGUCUUGACAUUUCCGUUAACCUUGUAGAUAAUCCUAAGAAUGCUGCAAUUUACAGCUCCGCCAUGAGCAGAGGCCCAGUAGGACUUUGCAGAACCCACGGUGGGAAGCCCAGCGUCUGCCCGUUUUGUGGCAAGACCUUCAAACAAAAAAACCAUCUGUCCCGACACCUGAUCAUUCACACAGGAAAGAAACCAUUUAGCUGCAGUAACUGUCAGAAGAGUUUCAAUCGCAAGGAGACCCUAACCAGACAUGAACUGAUACACACAGGGGAGAAAUCCUUUUGCUGCGCUGACUGUGGGAAAAGGUUCAAUCGGAAGAAACGCUUAACCAUGCACAUAUUGACUCAUAGAGGCGAAAAACCUUUUAACUGUGGUGACUGUGGGAAAAGUUUCUACUCCAAGCAGACACUAACCAGGCAUAACAUGACUCACACGGGAGAGAAACCCUUUAGCUGUGGCGACUGUGGAAGAAGCUUCAGUCGUAAAGAGCACCUUACUGGGCAUAUAUUUGCUUUCCAUUGAUAUCUUUACCAGGCCAGUUGAACCGACCAGUAUGUAGGGAAUCGUAUGGCAACGCUAAUCUCCUUUCUCCUCAUGGGAGAAGGAUUCAGAAUCGCUACUGUUAUAUGUUGUAUUUUUCAAGAAGGGCCAUAUAUCAUUCGUCAAUAACUCUUAGUCACUCUGGAUAAGGGCAUCUGCUAAGUGACUGAAAUUUCAAAUGUUAAAUUGGUUUAAUAGUACAAUUAAUGAAUGUACUCAGAAUGCCCCUUUAACAUGCUCCUAAUCAAACGUCUAUUGACCUGCUUUGUUAUUUCAACUACUGCACAAUUUCCCUUUUGAAUGGCAAUAGCGCCGAGUGACCACUAGAUAAAGGUGGUGACACACAUCACAAGGAACUGCUGCUGUAGCAACCAAGAACUAGGCUUCCACACUCACAGGAAAACUUUUGACUUAUGGUCAAUCUACCAGAAACAUUAGCAGAUUAGUCCAGAUGGACACACUGGUCUAAGUCAGUUCCUGAGACUAUGGUAGAAGGUGGUGCGACUUAGCUCGGCUGCGUCUGGGGUGGGCAUGCGAAAAAAAGUAGGACUGUUAGCCCACGCUAAGCAACAGCCACAGGCUUGACAAGAAGCAGAUAAAAUGAAAUAAAAAGAUUCAGAAAACAUGUUUCUCUGACAACUUUCAUUUGGUAGCACAUACAUUUUGCAUGCUUUAUAGCGCACUACUUCAGCCUGUCACAGCUGUGGUGUGGCAGGGCACGAGGCGCAGAGCUGUAGCGAAACAUUCCUUUUAUUUGUGCUUUCAGACACAACACAAAAGAAGAGGCACAAAAUGAGAACCGAAAGGCUACACGCUUAAACAAUGAAACCAAGGGCACAUAAAAUAAGGUCCCCAGUUAGAGGUAACAUGGGGCAGCUGCCUCUAAUUGAGGACAAUUCAAAUUGUAGCCCAGAGAUGCCUAGAGGCACCUUUGCGGUCAGGCCCUGCCUGUGGCCCCCAGGCACGACCUGACACAGAUCAGAUGCCAUAAUUAUCCUCAUGGCUGGGUUUCCUAAACUAUGGGACCAAUAUGGACCCUAAGCACAUUAGAAGAGAGGGACAAAUGUGGAAAAUACAUAAAUGAUCACGCAAUUUGUGUCAUUGGAGGAUGAUUUGGGUAAUGGAAGAACUUUACAUUUCUUAUUUGGGACUCAAGUUGAAAAGGUUCAAGAACCCCCAGAAAAGAGGAUAGAGAGCUAGUUUGUGUGCAACUCUACUUUAAAGUGAGCCAAAGUGUGUAGGUGUAGGAGAUAGGGGUUGUGAAAGCGAUAAAGCAUGUUCAAGAGAGAAAGAGCAAUGUAGAGAACAGGAUAAGAGAUGACAUCCAUGCCAUUAAUGCAACCACAGGAGUGCAGUCUUCGAGAAUGCACAAGGACCAACAGUUCAUCUGCCCCUGUUGAAAGAUCACAUCUCUCCAUAGAAGUGCACCUAACCCUUGAUUUUAACAAACAGCCCAGGGCCUGGAGACAACAGGGUGUUCGUCACAGAACUCAUACAGCCACACACAGACAGUUCUUAUAGGUCUAUUUUGUUGUUGCAUAAACUGUUAGUUUAAAGUCCUGCUGCAAAAUUUAAAUUAGAUUGACAAGUCUGUUCCAAGAUUCUCAUGUUCUGUAUACGUGCUUGUUUUUUUAUUUUAUCCAUUCCUUCCAAUUAUUUUCUUAUAAACAAUACCACAUUCAGCCACAAAUGUUAACAAAUUAGCUGCGCUAUGUGGUACUCAGACUUUGGUCUGCUCCAUGUUUCGACUUAUUUUUUGAGGUGCUUGUUCUGGGUUUAGUUAAUGGUUAGUAUAUUUUCUGUAGUAUAUGAUAGUGUCAAAAGAAGCGGGUUGACCUGGAAUUAAUUCCCGAGAAUGAAUACGGAACCUUGAGUACUCACUAUAAAAAGAUCUGACCUCUGGCACUGAGUCUGUCAUAAGCCAGGGUGGAAGUUAACUAACAUUGCAGUGGGUCAAGUUACACCUUAUGCUACAUUCCAGUGCCUGGUAAACUGAUUUCAGUUAAAUCCCUCAAAGGACGUAAAAUCGAAAUGAAAAGAUCCCAGGGCAAGUGUGAAAUAACCAAAGUCGCUUGAGCGCAGGUGUAUAAACACAGUUUAUUUAUCUCAUUUGCAAUUUGAAAAUCAAUUGCUGGUGGCCCUAAUAAUCAUGUUACAUUCGUGCGGAUAAAACGUAUCUGUGUGCUGAUGUUCACGAUUGCAAAUGUGUGUCCGUGUGCCUAGGUUUUCUGCAGCGUUUUGACAAUGUUAGUGGUUGUGGAGCAAAACAUCAGACUACUGUAGAUUAA